UGGGGGAGGAGCGAGCUGCGUUGAGAAGGGAAGCUGGUGCGGAGCGAGCCGGGAAAUUCCUGAAUGACAUGUCCCUCUCCAGAGCACAGGGAUUCUUAGUCCGCGCAAAAGGGAAGGCAUCCGCUGCCAGUCUGAGCCAGGGUGAUGCUGAAGAUGAUGACCUUCUUCCAGGGCCUCCCGGGUGAGCGGCCUGUGCCAGGGGCUGUUGACUUCCCCAGAAGCCCCCAGAAGCUGCCCUCCACAUCGGAGGGGGAGUCUGAGGCCUCCAUGUCAGAGGCCUCCUCUGAGGACCUGGUGCCAUCCCCGGAGACGGGGGCAGCUCUGGAGAGGGACGAGGAGAGGGCUGCAAAGAAGGAGAAGAAGAAGAAGUCAAAAGGGCUGUCCAGCAUGCUCAAGGUCUUCAAAGGGAGGAGGAAGAAGGGCCAGCCCAGCUCGGUGGAGCCGGAGGCUGAGCCAAACGCCAGCCCGGGGCUGGACAGCAGGCUGCCCACAGUGGAGGAGCUGAAGGUGGACCUGGAGCACGGGCGGCUGGAGGCGGCGCGGCCGCUGCUAGCGCUGGAGCGGGAGCUGCUGGAGACGGCGGCGGCGGGCCGCCUGAGCGACCAAGAGCUGGUGCGGCGCCAGAGCAAGGUGGAGGCGCUGUACGCGCUACUGCGCGACCAGGUGCUGGGUGUGCUGCGGCGCCCCCUGGAGGCUGCGCCCGAGCAGCUGCGCCAGGCGCUGGCCGUGGUGGCCGAGCAGGAGCUCGAGGACCGCCAGGUGGCGGCGGGGCCCGGGGGCUCGGCGCUGGCGCCCACGCGUCCACGGCACUGGCUGCAGCUGUGGCGCCGCGGCGUGACCCAGGCGGCCGAGGAGCGGCUGAGCCAGCCAGUGGCCACGGGCGCCGAGGGCCCCUCGGCGGCGGAGCGCACCUUCCUGCACAUGGGCCGCACCAUGAAGGAGGACCUGGAGGCCGUGGUGGAGCGGCUCAAGCCACUCUUCCCCGCCGAGUUCCACGUGGUGGCGGCCUACGCCGAGAGCUACCACCAGUACUUCGCGGCCCAGCUGGCCGCCAUGGCGCAGUUCGAGCUGUGCGAGCGUGACACCUACAUGCUACUGGUCUGGGUGCAGAACCUCUACCCUAAUGACAUCAUCAACAGCCCUAAACUGGCAGGUGAGCUGCAGGGUAUCAGGCUGGGGAGCCUCCUGCCCCCUAAGCAGAUCCGGCUGCUGGAGGCCACAUUUCUGUCCAAUGAGGUGGCCAAUGUGAAGGAGCUGAUGGCCAGGGCCCUGGAGCUGGAGUCACAGCGCUGGGCCCAGGAUGUGCCCCCACAGAGGUUAGAUGGCCACUGUCACAGCGAGCUCGCCAUUGAUGUCAUCCAGAUCGUCUCCCAGAGUCAGGCCAAGGCCGAGAGCAUCACCUCUGACCUGGGCGUGCAGAUAAGGCAGGUGCUGCUGCUGGAGCUGGCUGGAUUCCUUAGGAGCUACCAGCGUGCCUUUGACGACUUUCUGGAGAGGUACAAACAGCUGAAAAAUUACAGGGCCAAUGUCAUCGCCAACAUCAACAACUGCCUGUCCUUCCGGGCAUCUGUGGAGCAGAGGUGGCAGACACUACAGGACACCCACAGCCACCUGCUAGUCCCUCUGAACGAGAUCAAGACUCAUGGCUUCGACUCCCUGCUUCAGAACCUGUUCUUGGACCUGAAGCCGCUGUUCAAGAGGUUCACGCAGACCCGCUGGUCAGCCCCGGUGGAGAUCCUGGAGGAAAUCCUCGCCACCGUGAGUGAGAGGCUGCCUGAGUUCUCAGAACUGCAAGACUCCGUCCGGAAGGAGCUCAUGGAGGCUGUGCAUCUGCACCUGGUGAAGGAGUACAUCAUCCGCCUCAGCAAGCGGCGCCUGAUCCUCAAGACAGCGGAGCAGCAGCAGCAGCUGGCACGGCACAUCCUCAGCAACGCUGACCUCAUCCAUUGCUUCUGCACUCAGAACGGCUCCUCCGCGAACUGGCUGAGUCUUGCCCUCCCCAGGCUGGCUGAGAUCAUCUGCCUGCAAGACCUCAACGCCAUCAAGAUUGAGGUGGCCACUUAUGUCACCUGGUACCCUGACUUCAGCAAAGGCCACCUGAAUGCCAUCCUGGCUAUCAAGGGGAAUCUGUCAAGCAGUGAAGUCCGGAGCAUCCGCAGCAUCCUGGACAUCAACACUGGCCCGCACGAAUCCACCCAUCCCCUAUUUUCGCUCAUAAGGGUUGGUUAGCUUUUCCUGCAACCUGACCUGCUUUGAGCGUCCGCGGGCACCAUGUACCAUUCCACUUGAGGCCACCUGUUGAGACCAGUGCCGGCUCGAUGGCUUCUCACAGGCCUCUGCCUUCUGCUGCUGCUCCUGCCCAGCCCCGGCCAAGACGCAAGCCCCUGGGCGGCUGGAGUGGACAGACCCCCCUGCCUCUCUGUCCUGUGGGGGUAGGGGCACCCAUCCCGGGGAGCCGACCAGGCAAUGCUGAAGAAAACACUUUGUAAACGAUAGUUUAUCAUGCGUGUGUAAAAGGAGUGGGCUAGGAGGGGGAGUGGCCAGGGUUCAGGGACCCUGGCCACCUGCCAUCAUGUGGACCGCCCAUGGUCUGCCUCGUAGCUGUCCUCUCCUUGGGUGGAUCUGAGUCUUCUUCCCAGUUCCCUGGGGCUGGGCCGAGUCUCAUCAUCCUGCCUCCGACGGCCAGGGCCAAGGUGAGCCAGGUUCAGCAAGUCUGUGGAUUGGAGGCGUGAGUGGAAGAGAAAGGAGGAAGAGAUGAGCUCUCACCUGCAGCCUGGAAAGGUCUUUAACUGCCCCACAGGGGGACAGGGGUUUGUGGGGUCACAGAGCGAGUUGGGGGCAAAGUCAACAUCAGAGCCCCCCUCCAGACUGCCCCUGGAACUUAGGCUGCCCCCUCUGCAGGCCUCCCACCACCCAAUGCUCUCCAAGGGUAGUCCCAGGUGGCCUUGGCAUCCACCACACCUGGGCCAGGGACACCCUGGUGUUCUCAGGAUCACCUGCCCCCAUACAGAGGCAGGCCCCAGAGGUGCUUUAUGGACCCUGCCGCUUAACACUCACCUCUCUCGGAAGUCUGGCAGAGGCCUGGGCUGGGGGAGGGCAAGCUUGCCUUCUGAUCCCUUGGACUCUGCAUGAAUUUUCUAUUGCUGCUGUAACAAAUGACCACAAACUUAGUGGUUUAAAACAAGAGCUUAUUAUCUCACAACCUGGAGGUCAGAAGUCUGAAAUGGGUCUCACUGGGCUAAAAUCAAGGUGUUAGCAGGACCGCAUCCCUUCUGGAGACUCUGAAGGAUAAUCCAUUUCCGUGCCUUUUCCAGCUUCUGGAGGCCGCGUGCGUUCCUUGGCUCGUGGCACCCUUCCAUAUUUAAGGCCAGCAACGUGGGCCCAGUGCUCACUCUGCUGUUCCUCUGGCUCCCUCUUCUACUUUUCAGGAUCCUUGUGGUGACAUCGGGCCCUCCUGGAUAACCCAGGGUCACCUCCCCAUUUUAAGGUCACCUGAUCGUUGUUGUUAGUUGCCAUUGAGUUGAUUCCAACUGAUAGAGACCCUGUGAAACUGCCCCACAGGGUUUCCUAGACUGUGGUCUUUAUGGCAGCAGAUAGCCAGUUUGUUUUCCUGUUUUUUUUUUAGAUCUCCUGGUUUUUUCUCCCAUGGAGCCAUUGGUGGGUGAACAGAUGACCUUUCGGGUAGCAGCUGAGUGCUUAACCAUUGCUCUGCCAGGGCUCCUUAGUCCCCUGAUUCGCAACCUGAAUUCCCCCUUGCCAUGAAAUCUAACAUACCCACAGGUUCCUGGGAAUAGGAUGUGGACGUCUUUGGGGGCCAUUGUUCUGCCUACCACAACCUCCAUCCCUCCCCUACCCUUGGGGACCCUCAGGUGGGGCACAGGACUGAGGGUCCCUCCUAGACCUCUGCUUACCACCAAGGUCCUGCUCAACCCUGGGCCAGAAAGCUCCCUCUCAGCCUAGGAGGGGGCAGUUUAUGCCCCUGAAGGUGCCGUGGGGGCUCUGGAGCCAGAGCUCUUGGGGUUGCCCCGUCUUCCCGGUACAGUCUUUCAAAGCCUCGGCCAGGAACUGGCCUGUGUGAGUGUGCACAGAGGCCUUUGUACAUUUGUAAGGAGUUUGUGCGUUUGAUGUUAUUAACAUUAUUUUUUGAUAGUACUGCUUUUAUACGAGUAUACUCAGGAUGGAACCUGGGUUUCUAUAGCUUGAUAUAAAGCUGAUUUCAAAAGUGGCUGUUGAGUGGCUCAUUUUGGGAGAUGCAAAGUGGUGGUGGGUUGGGAGUUCCCUACUCCCAGCUGGGGGCAUUUUUAGCAUCUUUCUCAGCCUCUUGGAGUCUGGGUGAACCCUGUCCUCCCAGGCUCUGUGUCCAAUCCCCAGUCUGGCCAGCCCCAGAGGCCUGCAGGGUCCACACUGCCCCCUGAGCCUGAGCUUGGAGGGUCAGCCUGCAGCCAUGCCAGUCACUACACCCCUCUGUGCCUCGGUUUCUUCACCU